AUGGUCAAGGUUGCGUUUGCUGGUGGCUCCGGCAGCGUUGCACAGGAGAUUAUCCAUGUCCUUGUUGCCGAGAAGAAGCAUGACAUUCUGAUUCUGACUCGAAAGGACAUCCCAGCCGAAAAAGCAACAGGUCCCAUCUCAUGGGCCAAAACAGAUUACACCGACCCUAAGCAAUUAACUCAAGUCCUGCAGGGAGUGCACACUGUGCUAUCCUUCAUCGCCACACAGGAUGAUCCAAAGGGCACCGUUCAGAAGAAUCUGAUUGAUGCUUCUGUUCAAGCUGGGGUGAAGCGUUUUGCACCUAGUGAAUGGGCUUCAGCGGGCUUGGAUCAUCUGAGUUGGUACGCUUACAAGGCUGAAGCUCGCAAAUAUCUCGCGGAGUUGAAUAAGGACAAGAAAGUCCUUGAAUACUCCCUCUUCCAACCGGGCAUGUUCUUGAACUACUUCACGCACCCCUACCAGUCCUCCAAACAUAUCCACGUCAUGGAAAGCUUUCUCAGCUUCGGCAAUCGCCGAAUUAUCAAGCUGGAAGGUGGUGACGAUGACAUUGUGUCCGUUACUACCGUGCAGGAUCUCGCAAAUGUUGUUGCUAGGGCCAUCGGCUUUGAGGGCGAGUGGCCCGUUAUAGGCGGUAUUCAAGGCACGAAGAUUUCCGUGGGACAACUCAUCGCUCUGGGCGAGAAGGUUCGCGGCGGCACCCCCUUUGACGUUCAGACGUUGAAGAAGCAAGAUCUCGAAACGGGAGAAUGGAAGACCACAUGGGUACCCCUGAUAGAUCACCCUUCGAUUCCGGCGGAUCAGGUUGAGUUCUUUUCGAGAGUCAUUGUGGCCAGUAUGUUGUUGGCUACCCACGCUCAGGUGUAUCAUACCUCGGACGAGUGGAAUCGGCUACUGCCAGAUUACAAGUUCACGCAGGCCGAGGAGUUUUUGAACACGAGCUCGAGGCAAAGCGGAGAAAAGUCCGCAAAGGGACUCAGAGCUGCUGGGAGUGCAAACGGCGCAAGUCAGGAGCAUCCUGACAGACCACUGCCCGUGCCUGCUUUAUCUGCCGGCAGCAACCAGGCAAUAGAAGCUCGACUCGGCCGGGUGGAGGAACUCAUCGAGCAGCUGGUCAACAAUGCUGGCAUUGCUCAUGGCUUGCUCUCCUCGCCAGCUGAAUGUCUUUCAGACGUGGCAGACGAUAGAGAUACAGCGCCCAGGCUGAAUACAGUAUCGCCGACAAGAAAUCUGACCACAUCAGCUCAUGUAACCCAGCGAAAUGCAGGCAAAUACGAUGAAUUGUCCCGCGACCUUAUCUCAGUAUGGCCCAGCCAGAAUGAUCUCGACAUCAUCUGCGCACUCCCCGUGGGCCUUUCGGCGCAUUUAUUCUGCAGAAUAUGCACGCCCUAUUCCAGCUCCAUGGAACGCAAUCCGCCAUCACCGCGAGAGAUGCUGCAAUUGCCCCCGCCAGGUUCGCAUCCAGUGCUGGUCGCGCGUAAGCUCCUGGUACUGGGUGUAUUUUUACAAGGCAUUUUCCCAUCCUCAAUCCAGGCCUUGGGUCAUCAAGGAGCCUCUUACCGCGAACUCAUGGCUCGUGUCGUCGAUAAGGCCAUCACGCGCGUGACUACCAACGACGAACUCAUCGGCUCCGUCGAGGGCAUCGAGUGCAUCAUCAUGGAGGCCCUGUAUCAGAACUACACGGGAAACCUCCAUCGGGCGUGGAUGGCGGUGCGUCGUGCAACGGCAGUGGCACAGAUGAUGGCGCUACAUCGUGGUCUGAAGUCACCAUCGCUGAAGAUUCUCGAUCCCGAAAGCCUAGCAGCCUUCAAUCCAGAUCAGAUCUGUUUUCGCUUGGCUGAAAUGGACCGCUAUCUCUCGCUCAUGCUAGGCUUGCCGCAGGCCUCGCUCGAGGUUGCAUUCGCUAACUCAAAGGCAUUGGAAGAAUGUCGUCCCAUGGAGCGCAUGCAGCGUAUCCACUGCGUUAUUGCUGGGCGUAUCCUGCAACGAAACGAAGCGGAUGUACAUGACCUCGCUACGACUCACGACAUUGACAAGUUAUUACAAGAAGCUGCUGCCGAGAUGCCUCCCCAGUGGUGGCUGACCCCGAGUUUUGGGUCCGGCAACAAUAGGGACGGUGCAGAAUCCUCCUUCGGGGACACGAUUCGCCUUAUGGAUCAAUUCACACACUACCACCUGCUGAUGCGGCUACAUCUGCCAUAUGUUCUGCGCUCCUCAUCAGACCAUCGCAGCGAAUACGAAGCUCACAGCAAGAUCACAGCCGUCAACGUCAGCCGUGAGAUGCUAUCUCGCUAUAUAGUCUUCCGCACCUCAAACCCUGCGCAUUACUACUGUCGGGGUGCCGAUUUUCUCGCCUUUUUUGCGACCACCGUAAUCUGUCUCGUUCAUAUUGAUUCUCGCAACCGAAGCCAGAGAUCCGCCCAAAACUCAACCCCUGGCACUGCCUUCUUCAACUUCCUCACGCACAGCCGUGCCACUGAUCGCGGCAUGAUGGAGCGCGGCCUCGAAAUCAUCGAAUCUAUGGCGCGCGGUGGAACCGAUGCGAUAGCCUCUAAACUCUCGCGUCUCAUCCAUCAUCUGCUCUCCAUCGAGACCAACGCCGCCAAUGGCGCCAUAUACAGCACGAGCACAUUGAAAGGCAACCAGGAGGGCGAGCUCGAGUGCAACGGCAACUUGACCAAUGGCGGCCAGGCGUUGCACGUCUACAUUCCGUACUUUGGCACGAUUAAUUUCGAGCGCGGCGCUAUCUCAAAGGCUGCUUCGUCAACGGCCCCAGUACAGCCUGACUUGGCAGCAUCGGUCACGGAUAUAUUGCGCCCGGACCAAGCUGGGGGUCAGGCAUCAUGGGGUCCGUCCAAUUCAAAGGCCAUGUCGUUCCAGAGGCCUUCACCGCAACUGCAACAGCAUCAGCUAUCUACGAAUGAAGCCCAAGGGUCUAACAGCAGCAACACCCAACUGCCAUAUCCGAUGGAGGUCUCAGGUGCAGAAGAGGAUUGGUCUCUACAGGGUGUUGAUGUCGCCCUUUUUGAUAGCCUUUUCCGCGGAAUGGAAAUCCCAGACGGGGCUGAUCAAGAGACCUGGGCGCAGUGGACGGCAUAG